CUUUCCACCAAACGCGCGACUCCCGCCGUACAGCACCGGGGCACCGAACACCGACGACAAGUCCUCGGCUCAGCCUCACCAACGUCAUCUCACCUUUUUCGAGGUUCACAGAGGCUUUCCGUCUCAGCCUUCUUUGCUUGUACGAUUGUUCCUAUUUUGUGGAGUAAUACUCUGCAAGAUCGGCACAAACACUCAUCUUGGGCUCUCUGGCUGAGAUCUGUCUAGAGUUGAGAGUGCACCAGGCUCCCCACUCGUUUGCGAUCCGUGGCAUCCGGUAUAUACCAACACCCCGCAUCACGAAGGCCCAAACUCCUGGGUUUGUCGCUCCCACACCACCUACCCGCACUAUGGAAUCCUUAUUCAGCGCCUCUAUCGAGCCAAAAACGGCGGCGAUCGUAGCUACGACCGUCGUCGCAACGCUCUCCUUCCUGUCUCUUGCGCGACUCGGUCUCUACCCAAACUGGGGCACCGCAAUUCCCAACCCUCUCAAGACCAAGAUUCCCACGCUCGCAAGCGAUGAGGUCAAGAAGCUUCCCUAUCACCCAGACUACUUUCCCGGCGCCCGAGAUGUGGACACGCCUUACGGCUCCAUCCGCGUCUACGAAUGGGGCUCAACCACUGGGCCAAAAGUAGUCCUCAUCCACGGCAUUAGCACCUCCUGCAUGACCCUCGGCCCCAUCGCCCACGCCCUCGCCGCCCGCGGCUGCCGCGUCAUGCUCUUCGACCUCUUUGGCCGCGGCUUCUCUGACGGCGUCGGCGACCUGCCCCACGACACCCGCCUGUACACCACCCAGGUCCUCCUCGCCCUCGCCUCCUCUCCGCUCGCUUGGUCCGGCACCGAUGCCGUCCGCGUCGUGGGCUAUUCCCUGGGCGGCGCCGUCGCCGCCUCCUUUGCGGCGUCGUUCCCGCACGUCGUGAAGAGCCUCGUUCUUCUCGCGCCCGCGGGUCUCAUCCGCGCAGAGAACUUUGGCGUUCUGGCGCAGGUUACGUUCCAGUCUGGCCUUGUGCCUGAGCGCAUCCUCGCUGCUGUUACGAGGAAGAGGUUGCAGAAGCCGUUGGCGAGUAAGCGGUCUAACGCUGUCGAGGAAGACGAGGACCCACUGGAGAAGGUUGUUGACGUCGCGGCCGCGGAGGUGUCUGGGCCCCACGGCGGCAGCGGGGAUGAUCAAAAGGUCGAACGGAAAGUGCGCGAGUACGUUCCCUGGAUGGUUGCGCACCACGAGGGGUUCGUCAAGGCGUUCAUGUCGUGUGUGCGGUGGGCGCCGCUUACGGGGCAGCACGAGACGUGGCGGGUUCUGGAGCAGAGAAAGAAGGGGACCACGGCGGUGUUUAUCGGGAAGACGGACGAGGUUAUUGAUGUUGAACACUAUGCCAAGGAUGGAUUGCCAUUGCUGGGCGGCGACGAGAAUGUGACGUGGAAGGUCCUUCCUGGGGGUCACGACUUUGUCAUGACCAAAACGGAGUACAUCAUGCGGGAGUUGGAUGUUUUCUGGGGCAUGAAGGUGCAGUCGUGAAGAUGAGGGAUAUGAAUACGACGGCUAGGGGGCCAUAGACGAAGAUGGGUGCGGAUAGAUUAUAAGACGCGUUGUUGAUAGACUCCUAGAAACGAUACCAUUUGCUUGCUUCUAUUUCUGGAUAACACUGCGUAUUGGCAGCAUCAUCUUCGACUUUUGACUUCCAAUUCAUGUUGAAGUGGUGGAUGUGUGGAACCAUGUAUAUACAGUAUAAGGAUAGCGUAGUACUUGCCUGCAGGUGUCUCCAUCUAUUCGCUGACUGGUAGCAUGCCUGAAGUUCGUCAGAUCCUACUAUGAAGCUUAUUGGUAUGUCUCAUCAGGGCAUCCUGUAGAGAAACCAAACAGGCUUACCUGCAGCAUUUAGGUCGAUAAAAACAUGCAAUGAGACGUACACAUGUUUAGAGA